GUAGAGAGUGUGUGUGUCACAGAGUGUGUGUGUGUUACACAGUGUGAGUCGGUGUGUGUGUGUUUGUGUGUGUGUGCCGCCCCUCUCUCACUUCGGCCGGGCAGUCAGUGGAGCUGUUCGCCCGCAGACAGGCAGCUCAGUCCGGGCAGAGAAAGAUGGAGACGGCGAAGGCGACGGGGGAUCGGAUUUUCGCCGCGGAAGCCAUCCUGAAGCGCCGCGUCCGCAAGGGGAGCCUUGAAUACCUGGUGAAAUGGAAAGGAUGGGCAAUGAAGCACAGCACUUGGGAGCCAGAGGAGAACAUUCUGGAUGACAGGCUGAUAAUGGGCUUUGAGCAAAAGGAACGGGACAGGGAAAUGAACGGCCCGAAGAAGAGAGGACCGAAACCCAAAAACUUAGUCAUGAAGGCACGUGGUCAUAAAAAGGAGCCGAGCAGCCAGGCCUCCACCGCCCGACAACAAGCCUCCACCGCUCGUCAGACCACAUCACGUUCCUCCUCCAUCCGAGCACCUUCCUCCUCUUCUGCCACAGCUCGUCUUUUGCCGACUUUGUCCUCUUCCUCAACCGUCGCACCCUCUCCCAAGCUCAACUCUCUCGCAACCACCCACAAGCUGAAGAAGGACAUUCACCGUUGCCACAGGAUGUCCAGGCGUCCCCUGCCCCGCCCAGACCCCACAGGGCCCUCUCUCUCUAACCCUGGAGGUUUCCCCUCCCGCAUGCACGUCUCUCCGUUCUCCGAGACCGUCCGCAUCCUCAACCGUAGGGUCAAACCUCGAGAGGUCAAGAGAGGUCGGAUCAUCCUCAACCUGAAGGUCAUUGACAAGCCAGGCCGGGGUGGCGCAGCUGCUGGCAGUAGGAAUGUUUCAACAGGACGCCAGAGCAUCCCUUCACGCAAUCGUAUCAUUGGGAAAAAGGGAGAGGCCCCAUAUAGACCUUUCCAGCCUCCUCUGAAGAUGCUGGGGUUCCCGAUGUAUGGGAAGCCAUUUGGGCUGCAGUGUGGAGGCCCUGCGGCUUUCCCUUCCCAGCCAGGGUCAUGCUCCAGCACAGCAGCCGGGGCCGACCACACCACCUCCUCUCAGUACAAGUCACCUCCAUCUCCUUCCAGCUCCAGCGGCUCUGACGGAAAAUCUCCCACCACCUCCCAGCCCCCCACUGGAGCCUCACCUUCCAGCGAGGGUCCCAAGCCAAGUAAACCUCACACAGACACCCAGAAGGGGCAGAGCGCCACGCCAGCCGCUCCCGCCCCAUCCUCGGAUGCAAACCCAGUGUUGUCAGCAUCACCCUUCCUCCCCUCCUCACCCUCUUCCUCCUUGGAAGACGAGGAGGAGGAGGAGGGUGAUGCCCUGGACCGCGUGGAGCCCUCAGAGGGAGCCAGGAAUAAUCCUCGCCAAUGCCUGGCUAAACGCCAUCCGCCCGCCACUCCCCCCUCCGUCCCAGCCGGGGACCAGAGCUCUGCCCCCAGCGAACCCAAGAGGGUGCCUGCCGAGGGAGACCCUGACUGGUACCCCGAAAUGGCGCCAAGCUGCAAGGAUGUUGUGGUCACUGAUGUCACCACCAACCUUGUCACCGUCACAAUAAAGGAGUUCCCCUCCCCGGCCUCCUGCCCUGCCUCCCCCUCUGCCUGCCCCGAAAACGCCUCCUCCCCUCCCCCUGCGGUCCCGUCCGACGACCCCUCCCCAGCCAAGCCAUAGGAGAGCAGAUGUUAUGAAGUCGUUUGCCAUUGAUAAGUGAAUAUCAUGCCAGUGUUGCCACUUCAGCCCCUCCGACCUUUUCCUUAAAAGUUUGUCCAUAUUUGUGUAUCGAUUAAUGAAAUGUAAUGUAACUUUACACCACCCAGCCAUUGAAUAGUGGGAAAAAGCAUAUUUUUAUUAAAAGGAGACUAUAUGAAUUUGAAAUGGGGCAGCUAAUACGCCCUUGUUGUCACUUAAAUUGCCAUAUUUUGAUCAAUUGCACAUUACUGACUCUCGGAAGCAGACGGAGAGAGAAGAUUGUUUGUUUUCUUUCUCUUGUUCCAGACAUAAUGAGUUUAGCUUCUCUGGAGUAACACAAAUGGGAAGUGUUGUCCAUCUGUUGUGUUGCUUGAGCCUUUAUCAAGCGACCUGUUUGUGCGUUUGAAAGAAACAAAUCUAUUUCCCGAUCCACGCUCUGCGGCGGAGGCCGAUCCAGACGGCCUUCAGGUGUUACGCCAAUUCCCUGCCCCCCCUGUUCUCAUCGGAAGUCCAGCUUGUUAAUGAUAAGUGAGGUGUUGUGUCUUUGCACUUAACACAGUUGGACUCAUAUAUUGCAUCAAUACAGCGAGGUAAAUGCAAUGCACUUGACUGCAUCAAAACAAAAUGACCUAUUCUAUGUAGUUCAUCAAUUUUUCAAGGCCUUUCCCUCUUGCUCUCUUGAACGCACAUGCAUAUACGUACAGAAGGCGUUAGUAUUCAUAUGCACGCACAACCUUAAAAGCUGCAAAGAAAAAAUACUAGAGCGGUAGUUUUUAAGUUAUUGCUGUCCUGACUGUCUCUCCUUGCUUGCCUUGUUUUCUCACAACCCACCAUCUUUUUCUGUAACGUCCACCAAGACUCUAAACUGGCCUAGGGUUAGUCACGAGAUAUUCUCCUUUCAACGUUUAACUUCUCAACAUGUCAAGGUCUAGAGGUUCCGUGAGCUGAACACAGUUUAGACUGAUGCUUCCAACUGAGAGCAGCUAAAAAUUGUCAUUUGUUGAAGCUGUGAGCUACUUGGUUAGUGUUUGAAGUCUUUUGGCUUGUUGGCUUGUUCAGAAACUUGACAGGUUUGCCUGUUUACCUUCAACGUGGCAGGUAGAGUGAAGAUCUAGUUUGUUGGUUUGUCUUUCAGCCAAGUGCUUUAUUUGUCGUCUUGAUGGCCACUCAGAGUCCCUGACAGUACAGACACUUGGAAUGGUGGAGCCUGGGAUGGAACCAACAACCUUCUGGUUAGUCAACGACCUGCCCGACUCCUGAGCCGCCUCCGAUGGGAGCUGAGGUUCCCCUGCUGCUCUUGGUUCAGUAGAUUUUUUUCCAUGAAGGGUAGAAAUGGCAAAACAGUCCUUGAAACACAACUUUGUGUGUGUCUGCCAGGGGCAGUUGGAAACGAUGUCAUGUACCUCGAUGGUCAGGCAAUCAUUUUCACGUCAGAAGGUUUGAUCCAUUAUGUUGUUAAACAUGUGUUCUUUCAGUUUGAGAGCAGGACUUAUUGAUUUCAUGUUGUGAUGCUCUCAGUCAAAACCUUGCGCUUGCACUCGAAUAGCCCCCCCGCUUGUGCUCAAACUGUUCACUUGCACUCAGAUCUUUUUUCCGAACCACAGCUUCAGCUCUUCUCCUCUCGCUCACACCUCUUUUGUGCACAAGUGAAAUGUUUGCUGCUCUUUGAUUUCUCCUCUGCUCUUGGAUUUUGUCUUCUGAACUUGGAUUUUUUUGUCCAAUUUCCCCGACCAAUAGAAUGUCAGGUGUAUUGUUAAAAAAUGAAAUCGUCCAGACGCCCACACGUCCUUUCACCAUGAAACUCUGAUGAGCUCAUCUCUGCAGGUUUUUUUCAAUCCUUUCGAUCGCUUGAAAUCUAGGAUCAAACUUUUUGACCCUCGAGAGGAUCUGAAGUUCUCGACCCUUUGAACACAGACUCUAAACCCUCUCUCUGGUGCUUUCUGCUCUUUCUCCACCUUCCCCGACCUUGACUUCACUCCGGUGUACCUGUGUGUUACAGUUUUUAAAAACAAUCUUCCGCAUGUACUGCCUUAUAGCUGCUCCACUCAACCCCAGUUACACUCCAGGUGGACGUUUGCCUCGUCUUACUCGGCUCCUCUCAGAGAGCUUGAUCUAAUACAAAACACUCUCAAACCAUAACUUUAACGUGGUAACUUUAAGAAUCACCUCAUCGUUAACUGUAAUAACUCGACUGCUCUUGUUAUCAUCUUCUCUACAAGUCUACAAACACUGACGAGGGAGAUGUCGACUCCUCUCCUGUCACAUACUGGAUGGGUCUAGUCGGCGUCCAUACUGUUUCAAUACUCUGAUAGGUUACAAAUGGAAGGAUUUAUUCCAAAAUUACAUAUACAUAAUAUGAAGAAAUAGACACUGUUGUGAAAAGGUCAAUAUCUCAUAUUCACAUGAAGAUACUUUAAGGAAGGACAGUUAUUAACUUCAGUCCGGUUUCGACGUGAAGCGUGAACGGACUGAAUCGUUUAUCAUUUUCCAGAAACACUAUGAAUUCAAGGAUUAUCUUCUUCACUGAAUGGAUAUUUCGCAGUUUGGGAAAGAUUUGUUUCAUCUACUUUAUCUUUAAUAUCUUUAAGUGGUGGAUAGAAGUGACUCUUUGCAGUUGGUAGAUGUGUAAGGUAUUAGGCUGCUAAGCUACUUUCUCACACGGGGAAGCACAACUCAACUUAGUGGCCUCUCAUUCAACCAAAUAGGGCUGUUGAUUUUGUUAUUUGAAUUUUUAAAGCUUUUUUCCCCUUUUUUGAAUUUUGUUGCAUUUAUAUAUAUAUAUAUAUGUAUGAUGUAAUUUUAAGUGCUGGAGUAAUUUGGCACUAAUUGAGGAAAAAAGGAAGGAUCCUUGUUUAAAUGUACGGAUAAAUAUGCUUAAUGAAUUUAAAUUGUGCUUUUUAAGCUAUUUUUCCCUUUGUACUGUACUUUAAUAGUUUGUUUUUUUAAAUAUGCAUAAUGGUGUUAAUGUGAUGCAGUUUAUUUGAAUGCCAUUUAAAAAAUUUAAAAAAAGUCCAACAUGGGUUUGUGCAGAAGACGAACCCCGACGGCUUUUGAUGUGUGAAGACUGCGGUUCUGUCUGUUUUUAUGCUAAUAUGAAUAAUGUACAUUGUAUUGAUGGUAAUGAUGAGGAGGUGGAGGAUAACUAUGACAUUGAAAUGUAUCUGAACUUCUGAAGCAUGUUUUGCAAACCCUUAUUGUACAGAUUAUGUAUUCAGUGUCAUGUUAACUGUUACCGAUGUUGCUUUCUGUGUUUCUUGUACAAGGCUUUUAAUUAAAAGCUCCUUUAAAA